AUGGGAAGUGUAAAAAAAAAAAAAAAGGCAACAAAAGAAGGAGUAACAGAUUUAGGAAAUGACAAGAUCCCAAUCACUAAACGUAGCAUGAGCAUUGGUGAGACGAGCUCUGGCCCCAGCAGCAGGACAACGGGGAAACGACCGGGCAAACGGCCUGGCAGAAAGGCAUCCAGGGUUGACGAGAGCGCCAAGCUGGAGCGCAGUCGACAGAGCGCCAGGGAAUGUCGUGCCAGGAAGAAGCUCAGAUACCAGUAUCUAGAGGAGCUGGUGCAACACCGGGAGAAGGCCGUGUUUGCUCUCAGGGAUGAGCUGGAAACGUAUAAACAGUGGUGCACCCAGCUUGACACGGAACAACGUGUGCCGGACUCUCUGUUGAAAAUGAUUGCCAGUGAGCGGAUAUCACAGGAGAGGAAGCAGAGGGAGCAAGCCAAUAGGUUGAUGAUACUUCAGCGGCAGAGAAAGGAAGAGAUAUCACAGUUCUCUUCCUCGUCAUCGUCCCCAGAUUCAUCGCCAUCCCCACGACAUGAACAGUCACAGCAGACAAGUCAUCCUCAGCUUGGCGGAGAGCCGUCAAUUACGUCUCAGGUUAGUUUACACCAGACGCCUUCAUCGUCACAGCAAAAAGAGCAUCCAGUUGGAACAGACUCGUCAUUUCAUCAUCAUAGUACUCAACAUCAAACAUCUUCACAACAGCAAAGGAAUCUUCACAUUGGAUUAGAGCCGUCAGUCAUAUCUCAGAGCACAUCGCAUCAAAUGUCUUCAUCUUCGCAGCAGCACAAACAUCAAAUUGGGACAGGGCAGUCAUAUAACCCACAAAGCAGUUUACUUCAAAUGCCUUCUUCUUCAUCUCAAACAAGCCAUCAUCAGACUGGAGUUGAGCCGUUAUUUCAGAUUCAAACAUCUUCAGAGCAGGAUAAUCUUCAAACUGUCACAGAGCCGUCAUUUGAUCCCCGGGGUAUCCAACCUCAAACAUCUUCAUCUUCAGAGCAAAAAAGACAUCAGAUUGUUGGGCAGUCAUGUACCUCACAGGCUGCUGUGCAUCAAAAACCUUCUACUUCAUCGCAAGAAAGUAAUCGUCAGAUUGGUGUAGAACCAUUAUUUCAACCAUAUGUUGCUCAAGAUCGUUCAUCUUCAUCUUCAGAAAUUGGUCAUCCACCAACAGUAUCGCCUCAUCACUUCCACCGGCAUCACCAGGGACAGCGAGCUCAAACGAUGCAACACAAAACAUCUUUGCGGAGACAAAUGGCAUUUGAUAAAUCUCACCCCGAUGAUACUCUGUCUAAUGUUUCGUCACAUACAGAAACCAUCAUUCCGAAAAGAACACCAAAUAUACAGAGUCAUGCUCAGAGCUUUGAAUCCAAAACAAGUAUUUUCCCCCAACAGCAAAGAGUCCAACAGCUGCUACAACAGCAUCACAUGCAACAUGCAAGAACUGAAAGUUCCCUGUCAGCACCACUACACUACAACAUCCCUCAACACAUUUCUCAGAGAUCUCUUCACCCACAAAAGACUAGUGUCGAAAGCGAACCGCCUUUAAAAUACGAACAUCCUAGUGAUGUACCAGGAACUAAUCCUUCAGCUAGUAUUGAAACCAGGCGGGCAAGAUCUUUGAGUAAUCCAGCAUCAAUGGUAAACUUUCCCAGAUCCUCCACCUACGCAUCCAGUUCACGGAGCUUGCCAGGAUCUUCACGAACUGUUCAGACCCCUCUCCCCACGCCCUGGCCAUCAGAUCGAGGAUCUGGCCAAGGUCUUGGUUUAUUUAGUGGGUCUUCGAUUGGAUGUAAAAUAUCCCCUUUAACUCUCAGCAUCCCAGCAUCGGCUGCUGUUGAAGAGAGUAGUUCUUCAGAUGAGAACGUCAAUGAACGGCAGUUGUUUCAUUCUUCUCUCCUACCAUUCAAAAGGACGUCGGCGGAUCCUGCUGUUACAGACAACACUCAGUGGAUUGCAACCUCAAGGAGCUCCACCAUCCAUUCAGGAUCUACUUCUUUCAAUACUGACCCUAAUAUCACGCUUAGUAACUUAACGACCAUUCAUUGUUUAAGUACCACAAGGACUUGCAACACGCCUUCACCAUCCCCUGUAGGACUUGGUCCUUCUGGGCUUCCUUCGCCUUCUUCUGUUUCGAAAUACAUGGGGAUAUCUGGCUCUACGCCGUCUUCUUCUGCCAGUACCUCUCCAGCUCCGUUAUCGUCUCUUUCAUCUCUCUUCGAAUCGUCGGCGCCUUCCCCAGUGAUGUCCUCCUCAACAUUUAGUACGCAGUUAGAUCCCGCGGAUCUUCACUUAUCAGAACACGCCUCGUCCAUCCCAGAUUCCUUUCACUGUUCAGCCAUGAGUCUCAGUGCUUCCAUAGACGAGCCCAUCCCUGAGUUGUACUCCUUCCUUGCUGACCUUGAAGAGGGUGGCAUGUCGUCCUUAAGCUCCAGACACGGUGCAUCCUCCAGUCACAGCACUCCAUUGGCUCUAACCCCCAGACAGCACGACCAACCUUCAACUCCUGACCCUGCCUAUCUCAACGUCCCGAAAAUAAUCGACGAGUACUUGGAUUCCGACAAAGAGGAUUCAUGA